AUGGCCGAUGAACAGUCACCGUUGCUCGGCCACGAUGUCGAGGUCGACGCGCCACAGCGACGGCCUGUCUCGGUCAUAAUCGGGGUGCUUGUUAUUGGCGUCUUCAUCGCCAAUGCUGAGGGCUCAUUUGUACUGGCCACAAACAGCCAGAUCGCCUCAGAUCUGGGUAGCCCUAAGGAUGCCAGUUGGCUAGUGACAAGCUAUAUCCUUGCCAUGAGUGCUGCGCAACCAUUGUAUGGAAAACUAAGCGAUAUCUUUGGUCGGUCUAGUCUCUUAAUCACGGCGUAUUCUUUCUUUUCACUCGGAUGUCUUAUCUGUGGUCUUGCGCCAUCACUACCCACUGCCAUUCUCGGGCGUGCCAUAUCAGGCAUUGGUGGUGCAGGGAUGGGCUCACUGGUGUCUAUUUUGAUCACAGAUCUCGUUCCUAGACGUGACAUUGCCCCCUGGAGAAGCUAUGUCAAUGUUAUUGCCACUGUCGCUCGCAUGCUAGGUGGUCCAGUUGGGGGAUAUUUGGCUGACUCUGUCGGCUGGAGAUGGUCGUUUCUAGGCCAAUGUCCUCCGACAUUGAUAGCCAUAAUUUUGACAGCGCGCCUCAUUCCGUCCAAUUUUAUUGACAAAGAUACAGGGACACUAGCAACACCAUCAUCAUCAACAAAUUCUGCUCGAUUUGCUCGCAUUGACUGGGCCGGAUCCCUUUUCAUGGUGGUGGCUAUCGUCUCACUACUGCUGCCACUCGAGAUGGCUGGUUUACGACUUGAGUGGCUGCUUGGCUGUCUUAUUGUGAGCUCGGUCGCAACAUCUCUCUUUGUCGUAAUCGAAUUACGCUGGGCUAAGGAGCCCAUAUUUCCAAUCCGACUGCUGAGCUCGCGCACUGUCGUGUUCUCGUAUCUCAUAACGUUUUUCCAGACUUCGGCUCAGCUAGGGAUGAUGUAUAGUGUACCGCUUUUUUUUCGGUUGGUUGACAAUGCCUCCGCGUCGGUUGCAGGAGCCCAUUUGUUUCCUGCCAUUGCGGGCGUUACGGUGGCAGGCCUUGCAGGUGGAUUUGCAAUCAAACGAUUCGGUCGCUACAAAUGGCUACUCAUCAUAGCCACCGUCUUGUCUUCCGCAUGCUAUCUGCUCCUGGCCUUUCGCUGGACCGGCCGUAUCAAUAUGUGGGAAUCACUCUACAUAAUACCAGGUGGCCUCGGAAACGGACUGGUUCAGGCAGCUGGCUUUAUUGCUUUGACGUCCGGCGUGGUCAAGGCAGAUAUGGCAGUCGCCUCAUCUGGAUAUUAUCUCAGCUCCAAUAUCGGCACUGUCCUUGGAAUAGCUGCCACGAACGCCAUAUUUCAGACCAGUCUACGACACGGUUUAGAGCGGCAACUAGAAGGUUGUGAGUCAAGAAGAGAGAUAAUUGACGCCAUUUUGUCUAACAUUGACUACAUUCGUGAGCUGAAGGGACCUCUUCGCGACACCGUCGUCGGAGUGUGUGUGCAGGGCUUAGAAUACGGGCACGUGGCCCAAUCCGUUUGCGCUGUGGCAGCUUUGAUGUCUGUUGUGUUGUUGCCAGAGCUGGGAUUGGAGAGCGAAGAGGGCGAGGGCACUUGA